CCAACCGGCGCCAAAAUGGGCAAUCGACUUAGUUGGCGCCGCAAGAAGAAGGUCAAGGUCGAAGCGCCUGCGGUUGCAAACGUUCCCGCAGAGCCCGAGAUCCCACCGCCGGAGGUUGUGCUACCGGAAGACGAUGGGUCCUCGUUCUGGUCGUCGGCCUUUGGCUUGAAAUCCGGUGAGGCCAAAGCCGCGAUCCUGCCUCUGGACGUGUCGAACGUGCGGCGAGGCAACCCAAACGAAGUCUCGACCGAGGAGUUGUACGACGUCCUUCAAGUGAGCUUGGAGCUCGAGCAGCGUCUCUGUGCGCAGGACGCCAGCGAGAACAAGGCGCACGUGCACUUCAACCUCGGCUUGGCGUACCUGGCUCUAUCGCGGCGCACCGACGCAUGCGACCAGUUUCGACGCGCGGUGACCGAGGACCCGACGUACGGCCGGGCGUACACGCACCUCGCGCACACGCUCCUUGAAGACGCCGAGCCAUCCGUUGCGACGCUUGACGCUGUCGUUAACCACCUCGAGCUCGCGAUUAUCCAUGAUACCACCGAGGUGCGCGAGAACCAAAUCCUGCUCGCCGAAGUGUACCACCUCCAAGGCGACUUUGCCAAUGCGCUGCGCACGUACAGCACGAUCGAUCGCAUUGACGACGAGUGGCAAAACACGCUGCAUCGCGCCGCGUGCCACUGGGCGCGCCGCGAGUUUCCCGAGAGCAUGGCGCUGCUGGCCUCGCUCGCCUCGUGCGCCGAUGCGGCGGACGACGUUCCGAACAAGCGCGUCGUGCUCGCCGACGUGCAUGGCUUGCUCAUGCAGCCAUCGAUCGUCGCGGCCAGCUAAAGAUCGACGAUGGGCUAAAGUCCAGUGAUGUCGAACGGCAUUGAUUAAAAAAGAAGCUUGG